AUGCAAGACGUCGACGCCGCCACCGAGCCGUACGAGGCCGCGCGCAAUCUCCUCGCGGGGACGAAGCGCUGCACCUACGUCAGCCAGGGGCCGCUCGCAGCCGGCUACGUCCCGAGCCUCCCAGUCGCCAGUUUCGACUCGCACUCGAACCACUGCUGCAACAGCGACCCCAUCUGUCUCGAUGCUGCAGCGCUAUUCGACCGCUGCCGUCGCCAGGCCAUCGUCGAGGUGCAAUAA